GUUGAGACUCUCGGCUGUUCGCGCGCGCCAGCUUGCACGGUGCCCGAUUGAGCUCCCUAUUUCACCACCGCAAGGAUUGACGCCCGGCUCUUGAACCAUACAGCUCAAAGCCUAAUACAUCAAUAUUCAGCUCAUUCAUACCAGGGCUGCAAGCUUAUCGCGUCGGCAAGGGAGUGGACGGCCUGUGUUGCAGCCUGUCCUCGUGCUUUCCCGCUUCGGCGGGCAGCCAAAACUAUCUCCUGCCUUAGAGAAUGAGCACAGCAUCGGGAGCGGUGCAGAAUUCAGUUACGCAAACCCUGGCACUUCUGCGGUGGGGCGUGGUCGUGCCCAGGCCUAUAUUGUCGUUUCAACCUAAGACAUCUGCGCUACAGCAGCAACAGUGCGCCUUAAGCUGUGGAACUGGCUGGAGCGGGCGAGGACUCAGCGCGCAUGCCAGGACGCCUUUCUCACGCCGGGCGCGCCAUGUGGCGCAUGGCGCUACCCAACAAGGGAUGCCCUCAGCUGAGCCUGUAGCAGCAAAUGCAUUCGGCGCCUCGCCCACCGGGCUGCGCAGCGCAACGCCUGCAACCGCGAAUGCGCCUAUCGCGGCGCCUCUGCUCGCGGGCGGGCUUGGCGGUGAGCAGCCUCAGCUGCAAACGUCGGUUUUGUUCGCCGCGGAGGCGCUACUCGCGGCCAGCCCGAUGGGCCUGGACCUGCUGUCCGCCCCUGCUGCCCUGCCGACCGAACUUCGCGUCAGCUCUGGGAACUCGGAUAUGUCCGCAGCUCGCCCUGCCUUUGUGAGCAGCUCCUCCAUGGCCCCCGUCAUCGCGCCGGGCGGCUGGGCGGGCGGGCCGGCGGACUCGCCAGCGGGCUCCGUCACCGCGGCCGCUGCGGCUGACGCCGAGGUGCUGGUGGUGGUGCCGCCCGGCGUGAGCGCCAUGGCCGUGGACCUGGGCAUAACGGGGCACCAGCAGCAGCAGCAACAGCAGCAGCAGCCGGAGCUGCAGCACGGCCAAUCGCCAGCCACCAGCAGCGCGGCCACAAGCGGUAACGGUAACGGCAACGGCAACGGCAACAUCCACGCGACGGCUGCCGCCGAUGCGGCAGCCGCCUCCACAGCGGCAGCCGCCGCCGCCGCCAUCCCUACGCAUCAAGAACAGCAGCCGCAGCAAGGACAAGGAUCGGCGGGUAGCCUGCUGGACCGGCUUAAGGCGGCGGUGGCGAGCAUUCAGUGGGGCAAGCUGUGGGCGCUGGCGCUGCUGAGCGUGAGCUACGUCCACCAGGCCACCACCGGCUUCGCGCUGCCUGCCAUGCUGCCCAUGAUCAGCAACGAGCUGCACCUCACCGACCUGCAGGGCGCGUUGCUGACCACGGGCUACAGCUACCUGUAUGCGGUGGCGCUGGUGCCCAUCGGCCUGCUGGCGGACCGCGUCAGCCGGCCCAAGCUGCUGGCGGCGGGCCUGGCGCUGUGGUCCAUCCUCACCUGCACCGCCUCCACAUGCCGGAGCUUCGGCGACCUGAUGCUGGCGCGCGUGGGCUUCGCGGCGGCACAGGGCGCACAGAACCCCGUGUGCUUCAGCCUGAUCCCGGAGCUGUUCCCGGUCAACAAGUCCACCGCGCUGUCGCUGUACAACUGCGCCAUCUAUGUGGGCCGGGCGCUGUCCUUCGCCGCGGUGCUCCUGGCGCGGCACCUGCACGACAACGACCAGGCUCACUUGGCCGCGCGCGGAGGCAUCCCGGCCGAGCCCGUGCGCUUGGACCACCUGGACCGGGCCGACCUGCACUCGCUGUCCAUCAUGCACACGGCCGGCGAGAUGGCGGCCGCCACGCCCGACCGCGAGUUCAAUUUCCCGCUGUGGGAGUACGGCAACGACCUUCCGGACGCCGCCUGGCGCCAGGUACUGCGCUGGAUCGCGAUCCCUGGCUUCCUCAUCGGCCUGGCCAUGAUGUUCACGCUGCAAGAGCCGCGCCAGGCAGCCGCCGCCGCGGCAGCAGGCACCGCCCCUGCUUCUGCGGUCGUGUCAACCAAGUCGGCCUCAGCCAAGGCGGCGCCAGCCGCCGCUGUCGCGGCACCGCCACUCACUGGUGCCGCGCCAGCGGCGCCCGCUGCCGCCGCGGCGGCAGCCCCCACCCAGGAGAGCAGCCGCAGCGGCAUUGUGGCGCUGCUGCGCUCGCCCGGGUUCAUGUCGGUGACGCUGGCAGCGGCGCUGAACGAUGUGGGCAGCUACGCGCUCAUUGCGUGGCAGAGCACCUUUUACGAGCGCGUGUACGGCCUGUCCAGCGCCGCCUACGCGCCCGUGCUGGCGGCGCUGCUGCCCAUCGGCGGCAUCCUGGGCGGCGUGGGCGGCGGAUACCUGGCCGACCGGCUGAGCCGCAGCGGCAAGCGAUGGUGGGUCACCUUCGGCGCCACCUGCCUGGCGGCGCCUUGCCUGGCGGCGUCCUGCCUGGCGCCCACGCCCGAGCUCAGCUACGCGGCACUGGUGGUGGGCUUCGCGCUCAGCGAGAUGUGGCGCGCCCCGUCCGCCGUCAUGGCCAGGGGCAUCGCGCCCGCCUCCAUGGGCUCCACCGCCUCGGCGCUGUACCUGUGUGUGCGCAACCUGCUGGGCGGGCUGGGGCCGCUCAUGGUGGCGGGCCUGAUCGGGCCGCUGGGGCUGCAGCACGCCAUGAUGGUGGUGCCGGCCAUGUACCUGGGCUCGGGACUCAUCUUCGGCAAGGCCGAGCAGCUGUAUGAGGCGGAGAUGGAAGAAAAGGCCCGGGCCGAGGCCAAAGCAGCCGCCGCAUAGGCCGGCCCCUGGCUCGGGCGACUUGGCAGCCUGUGAACGUGUCCGUGUGUAGCCAAGCGUCCGUGGCAUACUGCCAAAGCGUGAGCUUGCUCGUGUUCCUGACCAAAGCGAGAGCAUAGAUUGAAUAAUGAUGAGGGUAGGGCCGUAAGAGGUCACGAUUGUUGGUCGUGGUGUUUGGGACCUGCUCAGGCCGUAGGUGCAUUUCCCAAGCGCACGGGGCGAGGUGGGCGCAAGGGCGGCUGCAGGGCGGGCGGUGCUGGUACAAACCGACCCCGGCUAUGUCCGGGAGAUGAGGUAGUUUCGAUACCUUCGGCCUCAGACAUGCACCAAUGUGGCGUGGGCGCAGCCCACUUUCCCUUUAGAGGGAGAGCCACCUUCCUUGUCUGCGCCGCACCUGCUCUUCGCCGCAUUCCCGUUGCGGGUCAAUGCGUAUUCAUAAAGCGCUCGCCGUUUCUUUGUAUGCAACUGCGGAGCCCGUGACGUGGCUAUCUCGCAGUUUGUUACUUGUUGUGGCGGCGCGUUGGGUCUGGGUCUGUGCCUUUGCACGCAUACGGCAGGCCGAUGAUGACAGAGCGUCCGCAAAGUUGUGCAUGGAUUGCGUUGCGAGAUGGGGCCAGGUCGGGAUGUUGGGGUGACGGUCCAUCAAAUGUCUGAGCGGGCGCCCGCCUAACACAUUGCCUGAUUGUGACGUUCAAUGUCUGGGAGCGCAGUGAGCAAUGACGGUCGGGGAAGUUCAAUGUCUGGCAGCGUGGUGUGGCAGGCGGAUUGCUGACUGCCCGGAAGCGGGCCAGCGUGUAUGCUGGCUCUCAGCAGGCUGGAUGGACGAGCGUUGGUGCCAUAUGCUUUUUCUUCGGUGCGGGGUUAAAGUGGAAGGCGUGCAUAUAGCAACCCCAGACGAAAGCAAAGUGACAUGCGUAGCCAAAGCAACUGGAGUAUGCCCUUCCAUUGGUUAUGUCGACGCCCACACGUCCCUGGAACCCAGCUUUGGGCCCAGAGUGCGGCGUGCACCGCGCAGCCACAAAUGACUCUGUAUUGUAUUUGAUUUGGCUGUUUGUGAAGUGUGUAGCAGAUUUUGUUUUGGAGCAAUAGUGGAAGAGUGUAUCCUAGCUGAGACCAAACGCCACCUCUGCGCAUUCUUGGGGUCAGGGGAGCGGGAUGCAGUCAUUUGCCGUGACUCUCUGGGGGGCUUCCGGCGUUAUCCCUUUGUGCAAUCAUAAGUCAACUGGUCACACGAAGUAGGGUGAGUCGCAUGUUGUUGUGAGUGUACAGCGCCUCUGAGCGUGCAGGUGGUAGCAUAUAUAUCCUGUGCAUUGGCCAGGACGUGGGGAUUGGUUAUAAUCCAGGUCGUACGCAGGGGUUGAGCUUGGGCUCGACUGGAAGGAAGAAUGGAUUAUUGCAACUUCGGCAGCGGACGGACCGGUUGCGCGGGGGCAUCCUCGCCCUGAGGCCACCGCUGGUCGAAUGGAUUGCAUGAUGUGUAGAAGUCUAGAAGAUCUGUGCGGUUCGAUGCGGGCUGGGCGCAUCAGCAGUCUGUUCCUGCAGAUUCCUGAGGUGUCAGGGGUGCCCUGUGAGCUGUUGGCGGCAACCUAAGCCACUUGUUAUUUGAGUUGUUACCGAGUGGACGUUGUACAGUAUUAGCAAUUAUGCCGGCUUCGGCUAGCGUACGCGGGCACCGAUUCUCCGCGGGCACAGGUUCUGAAGUGUUAAUAAGACGUAAGCC